AUGACUCCAGUUUUCCAAAGAGCUCCGUCCUUUGAAGCUAAGAAAUAUACGAAUGACUUAGGACUGAAUUAUGAAAAAAUCGAUGCUUGUGUCAAUCAUUGUGUGUUGUAUAGAAAACAAUAUGCAAAUGCAACAGAGUGCCCUAUAUGCCAUGAGUUGAGAUGCCAAAUAAGGGGAAAUGAUAUGAAUGACAAAAACUCUUGUUCUACAGAUGUUGAUGAGGAUUCUCAAAAGAAGAGUAGAGUUUCAAGAUUGGUUUUGAGGUACUUUCCAUUAACAGCAAGGCUUCAAAGGUUAUUCAUGUCAAGUAAGACCGCACGUCACAUGCGGUGGCACAAAAACAAGUGUUAUAAUGAUGACAUAAUAAGGCAUCCAAGGGAUUCAUUAACUUGGAAGAAGCUAGACGAUUCUUAUGGAAAAGAGAUGUUUCAUAUGCGUGCUUCAUUUUUAUGGACUAUCAAUGAUUUCCCGGCAUACGGCUAUUUGUCUGGAAAUCGCAGAUUCUUAGAGCCUGACCAUAGAUGGAGGCUUGAUACUAAGUCUUUCUAUGGGAAAACUGAACGAGGUCAACCACCUUCUCCUUUAACCGGGGAUGAUGUUUUAAAAGCCUUGCAUGGUAUUCCUAAUGUAGUGUUUGGUAAGAAGGAGGAUCUUAAAAGAAAGCGAGGGAGUAACUAUUUGGAUGGCCAGUGGAAGAAGAUUAGUAUUUUCUUUCGGCUUCCUUAUUGGAGUAAGCUUUUGCCAACCAAGGAAGGUGACAAGUACUCGAUUCUAAGAGCACCAUAUCAUUUGACUGCACAAGAGCGGAAACAAGUUCUUGAAAUCAUAUCAAAAGUCAAAGUACCCGAUGGCUAUUCAUCUAAUAUAGCCAGAUGUGCAAGCUUGAAAGAUCGUAAAGUUAUGAAUAUGAAGAGACAUGAUUGUCAUGUGUUUAUGCAAGACUUGUUAACACCUACAUUUUGUGGUGUUUUGCCUAAACAAGUUUUAGAGCCUUUGUCAGAGCUUAGUUCUUUUUUCAAACAACUAUGCUCUAAGUUUCUAACCAUUGAAGCCUUAGAGAAAUUGGAAAAAAAUAUUGCUGUGACACUUUGCAAGUUGGAAAAAACUUUUGUCCCUUCAAUUUUCACCAUCAUGAUGCAUCUUCUUGUUCAUUUGGCAAGUGAAGCUAAGCUUGCAAGCCCUCCAAAUGCGCACUAUGAAUCUGAUGUGCGUAAUAAAGCUAAACCUGAAGGAUCUAUCGCUGAAUCUUAUAUUCAACAAGAGUGUUUUAAUUUUGUCUCUAUGUAUUUGAGUAGAAUUCCGACAAAGUUUAAUGCCAAGGAAAGGAAUGACAUGGAAAUUGAGGAACGUAAAAUCUGGAAGCUUCAUGUUGAUGGAGAUGUAAGAGCAACACGAGAAAUGUUAUCUUUGUCAAGAGGCCCUACUAAAAAUGCUAGAAGCUACCAAGGGUAUUUUAUCAACGGAUACCGAUUUCACACUAAACAAAGCCAAAUAAAACGAAGGACUCAAAAUAGUGGGGUUGUUGUCAAGGGGGAUGAAGUGAGUGGGGAGAGAGAUUUCUUUGGUGUGUUGAAAGAAGUGCUAGAAUUAGAAUAUGAUGCCCCAUAUAAUGGUGGGAUGGAACCAAAAGUAGUGUUUUGUUUAGGUGUGAUUGCUGAAGUUGUUCUUGAAGAUGAUAUUGAUAAUGAUGAAAUACUUGGUCCAAAAACUGAUGUUCUUUCCGAUAUUGUGAGUGUGAGUGAAUACGAAGACUUAAAAGAUGAUGAGGAUGAAGCUUUCACAUCUGAAGAAGAGGAACCAGAGGAGGAGGAUUUUUUUGGAGAGACAAGUGAUGAAGAAGAAGAUGAAAUGCUUACGUUGGGAGAAGAUAGUGAUUCUGAUGAUUCUGAGUAG